AUGUUUUUUUAUGUAUUGUUUUUGUCUUUUAGCCUUGCAAAAGGAGACAAUUGCCAUAUUCUGGACAACCCAGCAGAUCCUCUGCUGGCUAAAGACGGAGACGUGAUAAUUGGAGGAUUAUUUUCAAUACACAGUGGUAUAAAAAUUCCCUCACUGACAUACACUGAAAAACCUGAACCUUUAUUCUGCACUAGAUUUAACCUUAGAGAACUGAGAUUUGCUCAGACCAUGACUUUCGUGAUCAAUGAAAUCAACAGAAGCAAUAGCUUGCUUCCAAAUAUCUCAAUUGGUUAUAGAAUUUAUGAUGAUUGUGGCUCAAGAUUGCUAUCCAUGAAAGCAUCCAUGGCGUUGAUGAAUGGAAUGGAAAUAACAGCAGAUGAUUCCUGCACUGGACAAGCAGCAGUACAAGCUAUCAUAGGGGAGUCAGAGUCUUCUCCUACUAUUGUACUCACAAAAACUACACUACCAUUCAGUAUCCCAGUGAUAAGUCAUGGGGCCACAUGUGAAUGUUUGAGCAACAGAAAAGAGUACCCCUCUUUCUUCAGGACCAUAGCGAGUGACUACUACCAGAGUAGAGCGCUGGCAUAUUUGGUCAAGCUCUUUGGCUGGUCUUGGGUAGGAGCAGUGAACAGUGAUAAUGACUAUGGCAACAAUGGAAUGGCCAUUUUUCUAAAUGCAGCAAAAGAGGAGGGAAUAUGUGUCGAGUACUCUGAGAAGUUUGACCGGUCAGAUACUGCAAGAAUCAUGAAAGUGGUGGACAUCAUUAAAAAAGGCACAGCCAGGGUAGUUAUUAUAUUUAUUGCCCAAGCUGAUAUGAAUGUUCUAAUAGAGCAGCUUAUUUUGAAGAAUGUCACUGGCUACCAAAUGAUUGGGGUAGAAUCAUGGAUUACUGCAAUGAAUCUAGCAACUCCAGCAAGUUACAACGUACUGAUUGGAUCCAUUGGAUUGGAUGUAGGAAAAAUGAACAUUGCUGGUUUUACUGACUAUGUUAUUAAGGAAUUUUGGGAAACAGAUUUUCCUUGCUUAAAUACAAAAGAAAACAUUUCUCAAACAGAUAACAACUGCCGCAGAUAUGAGGAAAUCAUUCCCUUCAAAAACAACAAUGACGAUAUAGCAGAAUUAAGAUACGCAAAUAACAUCUACAGCGGAGUUUAUGCUGUUGCACAUUCUCUACACGGACUGAUGAGAUGCACAGAAUACCAGAGAUGUGAAAAAGACAAAACAAUAAAAGCAUGGCAGGUUGUUGAGUCUCUGAAAAAAGUCAAUUUCACCACUAAAGCAGGAGAAAAUAUCUGGUUUGAUAGCACUGGGGCAACAGCUGCAAAAUACGAUGUGGUCAACUGGCAGAAAGGUAUUGGUAGAGAAGUUCAGUUUAAAGUAGUUGGCUAUUAUGAUGCUUCCUUGCCAGGUGGACAACAAUUUGUUGUAAACACUGAAGAUAUAGUUUGGGCUGGAGAGAAAAGAGAGAAGCCAAGGUCUGUGUGCAGUGAGAGCUGUCCUCCAGGAACCAGGAAAGCUGCGCAGAAAGGAAGGCCUGUCUGCUGCUAUGACUGUAUACCAUGUGCAGAUGGAGAGAUCAGUAACCAGACAGAUUCAUAUAACUGUGAGCAGUGUCCUGGAGAAUUUUGGUCUAAUGCUGAGAGGGAUAAAUGUGUGUUAAAGGUCAUAGAGUUUCUUUCAUAUACAGAGGUUAUGGGAGUAGUACUGGUAUUUUUCUCUUUAUUUGGUGCUGCAAUAACUGUGUUGGUAGGUAUUUUAUUUAUAAUAAAAAAGGACACUCCAAUUGUCAAGGCGAACAACUCUGAGCUGAGCUUCCUGUUGCUGUUCUCUCUGACUCUGUGUUUCCUCUGUUCACUUACUUUCAUUGGACGGCCCUCUCAGUGGUCCUGUAUGCUGCGUCACACAGCGUUUGGGAUCACCUUUGUCCUCUGUAUCUCCUGUGUUUUGGGUAAAACAGUAGUUGUGCUAAUGGCCUUCAGGGCUACACUUCCAGGCAGUAAUGUGAUGAAAUGGUUUGGGCCUCUACAGCAGAGACUCAGUGUAUUUGCCUUCACUCUCAUACAGGUCUUUAUUUGUGUGCUUUGGUUAAUAAUUUCUCCUCCUCUGCCUUACAAGAACAUGAACUACUUCAAGGAAAAAAUCAUAUUAGAAUGUAACUUGGGCUCAGCUAUAGGUUUCUGGGCUGUACUGGGUUAUAUAGGUGUUCUGGCUUUCUUGUGCUUUGUUUUAGCUUUUCUAGCUAGAAAGCUGCCAGAUAAUUUUAAUGAAGCUAAAUUCAUCACAUUCAGCAUCCUCAUAUUCUGUGCUGUGUGGAUCACCUUUAUUCCAGCUUAUGUCAGCUCUCCUGGAAAAUUUACUGUAGCUGUGGAGAUAUUUGCUAUUUUGGCCUCCAGUUUUGCUUUAUUAUUCUGUAUAUUUACACCUAAAUGUUAUGUUAUUCUGUUUAAACCUGAACUGAACACAAAGAAAAAUAUGAUGGGUAAAAUGGGAUCUAAAACAAUGUAA